AUGGCAGCUCCAUCGCUCUCCCGAUUGUUUAUAGAUAGGGACGUGGAGACGCACUUAGUGACGGCUUGUGAACGGGGAGAAAUCAGUACUGUACAAAAGAUGAUGAGACUGAAAGUGAACCCGAACAUAAAGGAUGGGACCGGGAUGUAUGCAAUAACAAAGGCAGCAGAGGGUGGUCAUGCAGAGAUCGUCAGAUUGCUGAUAGAGGCUGGUGCCAAUGUCAACGUAGUGGUGGGAUCCUUAGUUACACCGCUCCAUCUGGCUGCCAGGGGUAACCACGCGGAUGCUGUUAAACAUCUGGUGCUGGCUAAAGCCAAUUUAGAGGCAAAGACUGUUGCAGGUGUGAGCCCGAUCGACCUGGCACGUUAUUCGUCAGAGGCUUGGGAUGUCAUUCGAGACGCCAAGAAAGGUGAAAUGCCAGAAGUGGAAGAAAUCAGUGAGGUUCCGGAAGUACCAGAAUGGGCACUUCCAGAUGGUGCUACUAAAAAAAAGAAAUCAGGGAAGGGGAAAAAAGGAAAGAAAGGGAAGAAAGGAGGAAAGAAAGGAGGAAAGAAAGGCGGAAAGAAAAAGAAGAAAUGA